AUGCUACCAGAAAAAAGGCUAUUGACCUCGGGGGACAUGAAGUUAUGGGAGGAGUCUCAAACGAGAGCCAAUUUCACUAAAUUUAUCAUAGAUCUGGCUGAAUCCGUCAAAGGGCACGAAAAUUCACAAUACGAAGAGCCAGUAUCCGAGCCAAUAAGUAGAAUGAUGAACUUACUUUCGUAUAUAAGAGAUAUUAUUCAGAAGCAUCCAGUAGUGAAGGAUGCAAAUAGUUCGAGAUUUGGUAAAAUUGAAUUCAGGGAUUUUUAUGACGAAGUGUCACAGAGUUCCAGGAAAUUUUUACGGUCUGAAUUUCCUUCUCUUACAGAUGAACAGUUGGAACAAUUAUCCAUUUAUCUCGACGAAUCAUGGGGUAAUAAAAGAAGAAUUGAUUAUGGUUCAGGACAUGAACUAAACUUCAUGUGUUUACUUUACGGACUCUAUAAAUAUGGGGUAUUCAAUCUCUCAAAUGAUUCGACAAACCUUAUACUAAAAGUUUUUAUAGAAUAUCUUAAGAUAAUGAGAAUACUGGAAACUAGAUAUUGGCUUGAGCCUGCCGGUUCGCAUGGUGUUUGGGGACUAGAUGAUUAUCAUUUCCUUCCAUUUCUAUUUGGCGCCUUCCAAUUAACUAGCCACAAGCAUUUAAAACCAAUAUCGAUUCACAAUAAUGAGCUUGUAGAAAUGUUUGCUAAUCGGUAUUUGUACUUUGGUUGUAUAGACUUCAUUAAUAAGGUAAAGUCAUCUGCCUCCUUAAGAUGGCAUUCUCCCAUGUUAGAUGACAUCAGCGGUGUAAAGACCUGGUCAAAAGUUGCCGAAGGAAUGAUAAAAAUGUAUGAAGCUGAAGUCCUCAGUAAAUUGCCCAUUAUGCAACAUUUUUAUUUUAGCGAUUUUUUACCCUGUCCAGAAGGCGUAUCCCCCCCGAGAGGUCAUAUACAUGACGGGACUGAUGUGGAUGAUGAGUGCAACUUUGAAGGUCAUGUUCAUAGUAAUUGGGGAGAUUGCUGUGGUAUCAAAUUACCAAGUGCAAUUGCGGCUACCGAGAUGAGUAAAAAACAUCACAAACCAAUACCCUUUGAUUAA